UCAUUUAUAUUGGUACGAUUCGUAGCUUGGAAUGCAUGAAAAUCCAGUCCUAUACAUUUCAAGUACAUGUUAUUAAAAGCUUUUGUUUUUAUACCACAAGAAAUAUGGAAAGCUUUACCUCUAAACAAUUUAUUAUAAGAAAGUGAGGAAGGAUGUAUUUUUCUACUUAAAAAGGUAAACUAAUUUGGAAUAUUUUCAGAAAGUUUCAAUAUUUGCCUAAAUUCCCAUAAAAAUCGCCAAUUUUUCUUUCCUUCCUCCCCUUUUUCUUAAAAUUCUAAAGUACAACUUUGAGCUGAGGCAGUGUCAAAGUCUUCUUCUGCUCUAGUUACUUCAUCUGUAUAUUAUUUCAUCAUGAUCAAAUUUGAGGGUCUAUAAGACAGAAAAGAAGAGCUGCUUACAAAUAAAAUAAAAAUUAUUUUCGUGAAAAAUAAUAGAAAUAUAGAGGUGACGACUUGUGCGCCCACGUGAAAGUGAAUAGAGUAUCAACAGCAAGGCUACCUACAAUUUAUUAGUUUAGCCAAGUCUAUAAAAGUACAUUUGAAUGCAGUAUUAGAUUCGUGUCACUGAAACACAGAAUUUCAUCUAAACCGGCGAAGUGUCAAGCGGGCGAUGGUUGGCAACAACAACAUCUAAAGUGAUCACAAAUGGCUGCGGAACUGUUAGCAUCAUUUCUAAGCUCUGAGCCAUGUUUUGAGCGUACAAAUUCGAGUUAGCGCUGACGGUUUUGGUUCUCUACUCACAAACACGUUUGGCUGCGAAAUAUAACGCAAUUAAUGCUGCCAAGCAGCUAAAACGAGCCAAUGCUCAGUUGCUUGAACGGUGUGGUCGUGGUAAGGCUGGAACGGAGUUUGAAAGUGUAAAAAUUGCACACUUGAGUUUUAAAUAAUUACAUGUUAGUUUGUGACAAGAAAGGAGAAGAAAACUAACGAAGAAUUAUAUAUAUGUAUAUAUGUAUGAACAUAAAGAGUAAAUGCAAAAAUUAAAAAAAUCGGUGACAAAUGUACGCAAAUUUGUAAUAAUAGUCGGUGGCGAUAGCCAAAUUGCUAAUAAUUUGAUUAUUUUGCUUAUAUUGUGGGACUACCUUUUCGUCACAAGCAGAAUGUCGUUUUUUCGCAACUUCCGCACGAAAACAGGCAGCAAAAGUAAAUCUCGCGACAGUAAACCUAUCAAUAUGGGCACAUCUCUGAAGAGCGAAACCAGUCAUUCAACAACACUCACCUCUAUUGAAUGUCCGACGCGUCGGGAUUUGAUUGAUUCUCGCACCGAGGCGCUACUUAAUCGCAGCGAUACUUUCAUACUCAACUCUGACCAAGAAGAUAAGGAGAGCAAACAGAACUCAUCAAACAGUUCAACUUUGGAGAAAAAGUCGAAAAAAUCUAAAGUAUUAAGUAAAUUCGCUACCUUUACAAAGCGCAAAAAAUCACCCGCGUUCAAUAAAAGUGACCCAUUGGAACACCACCCCAGUGAUAGUGCAACUAAUACUUACUACAAAUGGAAAUCAGAUGGUCCGACUUCGGCACAUACGUUGGAUUAUGACUCUCAGUCGGAUCCAUUUCAUUUCCUAUACGAGCAACACUCCAGUUUGAAGGAUAUGCAACAAAGCAGUAGCAGUGGCUCCAUGCACUCUUCACACAGCUCCAACUCAAGUACACAUAAUCAAACAUUUGACUCAUCUACUUAUCGCAAGGGCAAAAUACCCAUGCAGUUAAAAGAGCAACUAUCACAUCUUAAAACACAAACGAAGUCGGAUUUGCACGAGGAUGAAGAAUUGGCUGCCGAACAGAAAUCAGCGGCUGAAAAAUAUAAGACAGUUACUCUUAAUAGUUUUCGUAAAUCAUUUCGUGACAAAUUUUUAUUAAAUCAACAAAACCCUUCACAUAAUCCCGCUUGGUUUGUUGUAGUUGAAUCGCCGAAAGUGGAAACGUGUGAGCGCUAUGAAUCCAAAGAGAAUCGUCCCGACUUUCUUGUUUUUGAAAAUGAGAACUAUCGGCCAAACUCUCGUUCACCAAUUCGUGAUAAUAUUAUACACCCAGCACGUUCAAAAAGCCAUUCACCAAUUAAACGUAACGAGACUUUCCGCAUGGAGCGUCCAAGUGAAGUAGCCAAAGGAUAUUUGAAAAAAGUCAAUGGCUCUCAAACAUCAGAGAUCCCUUCGAUAAGCAUUGAAAUUAAGAAUUCAUUAACCCCACAUAUACCUACGCGUGUGGUGCCAGUUGGAGUCGCUAAGCCUAUGCCUUCGAUCUAUAAUAUUCAGGAUAGUUGUUCAAAUAAUGCAGAGCGAGCCAGUGCUUGUCCCACACUUAAUGCUAUGCAUCCAAGUGUUAGACCAAAUAAAUUAAAAGGCCGUGAUAAGUCGCCAUUACAAAACUGGGUUAAGCCAGUUACCGUCACUUCAGAACGUUAUUCAAGCUCUGCCAACGGUGGUGCAACAACAAGAGGCCGUUAUCAAACACUGGUGCACAUAGGCAAUGAGAGCAAUGCUAAAACAAUCCCCACAUCCAUGCAACGCUCGUCACAGAGUAGCAGUCGGCUUUCUGCACGUAUACGACUAGACCAACCUGCCGAUUCACCUACUUUAGAGAAACGCCUAUACACACCCGGUGCUCGCUAUUCUUUGGCAACCCCUUCACAAAUGCAGGCGCUAAGCAGCUACGAACCAUUCGAGAACUCAACAACAAUGACCAUCAAAUCAUCCAAAGAUCAAGUGCCAGCGUUGCAAAAAUUACAGCAACCUAGACAUACUUACUUUGGCGAUACGACGUUGCGUUCUGUUAAUGGUAACAGUGGUAACAGCAAACAUGUAUCGACGACAACGUUAUUAGCGGGUCGCACGCCAAGUCAUAUAAAUACCAAAGGCUUAAGCUCUUCAAAAGCUGUUGGUCGACUGCAACAACCACAAAUUUUGCGUGCGGCUGGAAGUGGUGUGAACAACCACAGUCGUUCACAGCAGCAACAACAUCGGCAGAGCGUGGUGAUGCCAAUGCAUAGACGUUCAUGUUCGCCAAUUAAAAUUCCAUGGCGCUGAGCGAGGGCGGACUAGUCUAAUCGCGCCACAAGCGAUAGGCUAAGCGAGAAUUGAAACGAACUACGAUUUUUUUCAAUACGUAUUUAUUUUGUUUAUUCAUGAGCAGUAAACUACCCUAAAUAUUUUGAUUUCUUCAACUUUCGACAACGAAAUUAUUUACGGUCUAAAAAGUUUAACAGAAAAACCAACUGAUAUUUAUUGUUUUUGUCUAAACCCGUUAAACAUUAAUAAAAAUAAACCGAAAACUAACUAAGCAUGUGUGGAAAAAUCAAAUAGUUGAUCUAAAAAAUUUUUAGAUAAAAAUUGCAUUAAAAAUUAAUGAGUAAUUAGAAGCAAGCUUAUUAAUUAUAAUAACAUAUCAUAUUGCAAAGGGUUUGCCAAUAUAUAUAAAGCCUAUGUAACUGAAUAUAUGUAUGUGUUUCUAUUUUUAUAGACAACAACGGAAAAUGCUCACAAAUCUAUUAAUGUACUUACAAUAAAAAUUGAAAUAUUUUCAACUUAAACUUCAUUUCAUAUGCCAUUUGUUUUAGUUAAUUCAUGAAAAUAGCAAUUGCGACCUCUGUGUUUAAGUAUGAGAUCAGCAGGUGUAAGAAAAGUAACUUACUUGAGUGAAUUUUGUGAAAUAAUGUAUGAGAAACGCAAGAUGGAAGCAAGUAGAAAAAAUUGUGACAAUUAUCACUAAAAUUUUAAAUAACUUUUAAAAUCAUGAGCUGGGCUAGAUAAUUUUAGUGAAUUCGUCUUCAAGAAGCUUAACAAAUGCGUACUUACAUAUGUAGAUAGAUACGAGGUCUCUUCAAACGGAAAAGAAAUAGUGAAUCUAGAAUUUUCAUAGGCUGUGCACAUUCGAUUAUGCUAUUUUUUUUAUUUAUAUAUGUUCGUGUGUUUCUCAUAUGGUACAUAUAUUGGCAUAAUCAGCCAAGGGAUUAUUAGUUUGUUAUUGACAAUUGAAUUUUGUGCUCUUCAAUUUUUUUUAAAUCUCAUCUUUCAAUUAACGAAAGUUUGUAUGUUUGUGGGUAAUUCAAUUUGUUGGAACAAAACUACAAGUUCGUAAAAAAAAUUAUAUUUUCUCCGAAACCCUCUCAAACUUUGGUUAUACACGUAGGCGAGAAUAUGUCUUCGAUAAUGAGAGACUUUGCAAAUAAUGUUUGUAUACUGCAAACUCACCGUUAUGUGUGAGAAAUGUGCAUCUUCCACCUCAUUGAUCACACGAAUCGCUACCAUGUUCCUUUUGCCCAAUAUCAACCUACCUAGAGCCCAAACAAACAGGUGUAUGUGUUUUACGGUAACUGCCCAAAAAAGAAAAAGUGCCUUAACUAAAAUUUUUUAUGAA